UUGCCUCAAGCUGGCUACGGCCCUGCUUCUUGGCCCUAUGGUGCACCACCAAGUCCAGCUUUCACCUUCCUUUCCAUUUCCUCUUCGGGCCAUCGCAAUUAGAGAUCUUUGUAAUAAACGUGCCUUCAGUCAAGAACCACAUCAUAGCACGAUGGACGACGACCACACAAGCAGUCAGAGGACGCCCAAAUGCGCGCGAUGUAGAAACCACGGGGUGUGUUCCUCGCUCAAAGGCCACAAGUACUACUGUAGAUGGAGAGACUGCCUGUGCACCAAGUGUCUCCUCAUCGCAGAGAGACAGAAGAUUACGGCGGCCAGGGUAGCGCUACUACGGUACCAGAAUACUUCAAGCUGGCAGCAUAUGCCCGGCGAGAGGGCUGGGGAGCUUAGUGACGAGUUUAUGCCGCCCCUGCUGCUUCGCGGGCCCGAGAGAGCAGCGAGCGCCUUCCGACAACCUGACAUACCAAUGACUCAAACGAUAACUACAGGCAAAACUCACCAGGACGAUAUCAUUGUGCCUCCGAUGAAAAGACCGAAACUUGAGAAACCUUCCACUCCAGAUGAAAUAGUCACAGAGCCCUCCAACGAAUUUAAGGGUUUCCAGGUGAUCCAAAGUCCUACAAACCCACCCUUCCCUACAGAGAAAGACAAGAGCGCAACACCAAGUAUCCAUCAAGAUCAGGGGGGGUCAAACAAUGCAAGGCUUGACGAAAAUACGCUACAGAUUCUACACCAGCAGCUCAUGUCUGUAAUGCACUAUCAACGCCGCACCCCUCCCCUGUCAGUUGACCUUCUAGCCAAGAUAUUCCCCUCAAUCGACCGUCGUGUGCUUGGGUUGUUGCUCCAAGGAUGUGAUAACAAUGUCGUCCUGGCGAUAGAAUGCAUCGUCAAUAAUAAUACCACCUCAUCAGGCCGCCUCUUCGAGUUCGAAAGACAUGCCGCAGCCUCUAGUGAUAGCCCCCCUGUCAAGUUACCAGAGCAACGUCCAAUAAGAAAACGUGUUACGCCACCUAGGUUAAUCUCUGACGCGAGGGGCGUGUCCCACGAGGAACUGUUCCCAAGGUUUCGCCGACCGGGCAGUAGGGACUGAUUCUGGCACUGCCGAACAAUUUGUUCGAUCUUUUUUUAUUAUUAAUUAAUUGUUUUAAAAGAAUGUAGAAGCCGGAAAUUUCGAAGAACGAUGUAUAAAUAAUGGA